AUGAAUGAUGUCACGAAUUUGUACAAAGCAUAUCGAGAUGAAAUAGAAUGCCAAGUGGAACGAUUUGCUGGAAGCAGUUGGGAUUUCACGACAGCAACAGCAAAAAAGAUCGAGGAAGAACUAGCAUCUACGAGUACUGCAUCAGAGAUAACAACUGAGUCGGUUAUCAAUGUGAUGUCAGACACGGCAGAUGUCGAAACGCCAAAGAACGUUGUUGUUCAAGUGUUCGCAUGGGCUACUGUGACUGUUACAGCUUCAAUGAUAGGCACCUUCAUGGGUUAUACUGUGCUUUCACCAAUUCUAAUAUCUAAUAUGGAAAAACACAGUGCAUUCAUAUUGGCUUACGUUGUUUUACCUCUUAUCGCCACACUCGUUAUGCGAAUGUACGACCACGAUCCACGAUACUGUGGUCCACACGUGGAUGCCGAGGUUCGUUAUAUAUCGAUGACAUUCGCCGUACUACAAGGAUAUAUGCCGAUCUGUGCAGGUAAAAAUCGUCUUGCACUUCUAUCAACAUCGUUGAACUUUGCAAUGGCAAUGAACAUCGCUUUCGGCGCGAUUAUGAAUUGGUUGACUCUUGCGUACUACAUGCUAUCAUUUUGCUAUGUGCUGGGAUCAUGGAUCACAUUGCAGUUGGCAUUUCUCAACAUUCGAAAAAACAAUUUAAUACACGUACAUCAACACUUGCUCGUGUCGAUUCUCAUUGGUGUCAAAGGAACUUUCUUUCUUCUCUUUGGAUCAUAUGCGUGA